AUGAACACAGUGUGCAGCCCAAGAAUAACUCAUUCUAUUGGCGUCAGACAUGCCCGAGUUCCGCAACAUCCGAUACCGUUGUUGUAUACUGACAUUCGCCCUCAAAGAAUAUCAAUCCGCCCAACUGGCCGCUCAAAUCAAUCCAAAGCAAGCUACUCUUCAAAUUCCAGACCAUCAAUAAAGAAAGAAAGAGGCCGUCUUUAUGGGCGCACAGCUCUGAUAACCGGUGGCUCUUCAGGAAUCGGCUAUGCCAUCGCCGAACGUUUCCUAGCUGAAGGAGCCAGUAGAAUAGUUCUCGUUGGACGACGGCGCGAAAAGUUACAGGAUGCUUCGAAACGGUUGUCUGAGUCAAUAAUCAAGCGUAUCAAUCAGUUCGGGCAUGUAAAUGGGGAAAUUGCGACGCGAGCACCGGAAGAAGAUGUCAGUGAAAGAACGACAUCGUCAGGGCAGGAUGUUGAUAUUCUGGUUGGCGAUAUCUCCGUUGCAAGUGAAUGGAUGACUGAUCUUGAAAAGGCCAUGAUAGACGUAGAUAUCCUCAUCAACGCAGCUGGAAUCUCAAUCUCAAACAUACUCCCCAGAACAUCACCGGACCACAUCUCGGGGAUGCUUAAGACAAACCUCGAAGGUGCCAUAUAUACAUCCCGAGCUAUGCUCAAGUCGUGUAUGCGUGCACGCUCAAGAGAAAAGAAUCGAAAGCUCAACGAUACAGAACAAUCACACCAAAAAAUAUCAAAAAGUAUCAUCAAUAUAUCCUCCUUGCUAGCAUUGAAAGGGGUAACCGGAACAGUCACAUAUGCAGCUUCCAAAGCCGGCAUAUUGGGAUUGACAAGAUCCAUGGCUGUGGAGGCAGCUGAUAUACUCAAAGUGAGUAAUGUCAUGCUAAGGUGCAAUGCAAUCUUACCCGGUUACAUUGAUACGCCAAUGAUUCAGGAUUUCAGCGUCGAUAAAGUCAACGAACUACGAGCACAGAUUCCCCUGAACAGAUUCGGGGAUCCACGGGAAGUAGCCGAUGCAGCUGUCUUCCUCUCCACAAAUGGGUACGCUAACAAUUGCGUCCUGAACCUGGAUGGCGGAUUGAGUGCGGUGUGAGAAAACGAUCAAAUCAUAUUGCAGUGAUGGAGCAUCUUUUUACAAACUAUAUUUGACGUUCUAUCCAAAGCCAUCUGACCCUUGUCGGAGCAAUUCUGAUUGCGAGAAUAACCAGCAGAAUCUAAGACUGUCAUCUACCCACCAUCAAAUCGCCUUCCCAUCCAAUAAACCUCGCGCCAUGACCAUCCCUUCCUCUCAUGCGCGUAUAUCGAAUCAUACAACCAAAACUCCAUAAAUGAUCAAAGCAAUGGAAAUGAGCAGAAGAAAUCUUUUAUACAAGUGUGAAGGGAAAAAUGGCUUAAAACCUCGGUCGUGAAUAGUCGUGUGAGGGAAUCGUCUAAUCGUCGUCAAUCAAAAUCGCACCAGUGUCAGGAUCAUCAAGCACAAUAGGCUCGUUGUCGGUGCCGUUAGUAGCCGCGACACGUUUUGCGUCGGGUUCGCCGGUAAUGGCAAUAUCUUCUGCAUCACGCUUUCUCUUCCCAGUAACUCCGUUCGUGCUUGUACCGUUGACGGUGGAUUCAUCAUGAGGCGGCUUUUGUUUCGGUCUCUUGGGGAUAUCAAUCUCUCUAGCAAGAGUGAUUGGUUUGAUAUCUUCACCAGAUUCCGUCCUAAAGUGCCAUUAGCACGAGUACUAAAGGAUAAUCAGAUCACGCGGGUUUACUCACCUUGCUUCCACGAGAAGUUCCAAAUUGACAAAGGGGUCGUCAUCUUUCUCAUCGAUUAUAGUCAGCAAAGUCUCUGCCUGGACGCCAAGAUCGACGAGUUUCUUGGGCAAGUUGUCUUCCAGGUCUGGAUCAUAAAUCAUGCCAGCAUCUGUAUUUAUCGAAAACUCCUCAGAAUAACCGAAUUUGUUGCGGAUAAUGUCUUCAACCAAGUCAUUCAAUGUUGCAUGUUCCAGAUCCACUGAGAUCUUUCCAUUUGCCACGGAACAAACAGCGCAGAAGGGGUUAGGUGGUCGUAAACUGUCGGAAUUGAUAGCUCGAACACCGGAGCGCUCAAGAAAGACCAUCUUGGCAUGAUCAUAAUCAUCCUUCAAGACUUUAAAUGCUUGCAAGACACAUAAUCCGGCAGUCAUAGCAUUGGUGGUAGCAAUUGCUGGGAUAAUGUUUCCGGCCAUUU